AGCGGCGGCGGGGGAGGAGGAGGGAAGCGGCCUGCGGCGAGCCGGGCGGCCGUUGGGUCGUGUCUGGUUCCCCCUGGCAGGUUUCAGCUCUCCCGGCUCUCUCCGACGGCCCCGUUUCUGGAUGCGGCUGAGGGGUGCGCUCGGUGCCUCUCCGUUCCCUCAGCCCCGUGUGUGCCUGGGAAGGGGGAGAACCGCGGGGCGCGGCGGGGAGCGCGUGGGGCGGGCGCUGGGGACAAGGCGCGGGGACACGGACCGUCCGCAGCCAGCUCAGAGCUGUGCCCGUCUCCCGUGUUUCUGGCGCUUGUAGCGAAUGUGCGGACAGCAAGCAACCAGAAACGUGUUUUCAGUUUAUUCUGGAGAGCAUUAACACUGCAGUUACGCACCGACUCCACUAAGACAGCUAUUCCUUCUAAGGAAUCACAAGAGAAAAUGCUGAGAAGUCUGAAAGGCCUUGUCUACCAUCCUCUAAAGUUGGACCAUGGGUAUGCCCUCCAUACAGCAGCCAAGGAUUGCUUAAGUUACGUCGCCAGCCAGGAUGUCCAAACAGUGGCAGAAAGACCAAGAGCAGUUUUCUGUACCAGCGAGAAUGACCCGGCCAACCACACCGAGCACCACGAGGGUCGCCAUUACAGCAUUCCGCUCGAGGAGGUGAAAGCGGUGUUUCCACACGGACUGCCCUAUCGCUUCCAGCAGCAGAUUAAGACCUUCAACGAAGCCUGCCUGAUGGUGCGGAAACCAGCUCUAGAGCUUUUCACUUACCUGAAAAGCUCCAACUUUGCGCACCCAGCUGUCAGAUAUGUGAUCUAUGGUGAGAAAGGAACGGGGAAAACCAUGACUCUGUGUCACGUGGUUCACUACUGCGCAAGGCAGGGCUGGCUGGUGCUGCACGUCCCGGACGCUCAUCUCUGGGUGAAGAACUGCAGGGAGCUUAUGCAGUCUUCCUAUAACAAAGAACGGCUUGACCAGCCUUUGCAAGCAUCUUUCUGGCUCAAGAACUUCAAAACCUCAAACGAGCGCUUCCUAAAAGAGAUAAAAACACAAAAGAAAUACGUGUGGGGCAAACGCGAAAGCACCGAGGCAGGCAGACCGCUGGGUGAAGUGGUGGAGCAGGGUUUAGCUCGCGUGAGAAAUGCCAGCGAUGCUGUAGGGGUUGUGCUGAAAGAGAUCAAGCAGCAAUGUCAUCUUGGCUCAUUCCGACUUCUCGUGGCAGUGGAUGGUGUCAACGCACUCUGGGGAAGGACUACGUUAAAGAAGGAAGACAAAAGCCCCGUUUCUCCAGAGGAGCUGACGCUUGUGUACAAUCUAAGGAAGAUGAUGAUGAACGAUUGGAAUGGAGGUGCUAUUGUGGCAACCCUCAGCCAGACCGGCUCUCUCUUCAGACCCAGUUCUGCCUAUUUGCCCCAGCAGUUGCUGGGAAAGGAGGGCUUUGACGCGCUGGACCCCUUUGUGCCCAUCCCGGUCCCCAACUACAGCCCGCAGGAGUUCGAGAGCUGCUACCGCUACUACCUGGAGCGCAAGUGGCUGCAGCACGAGAAAGCGCGCACCGAGGACGGGAAGGAGGAGCUGCGGUUCCUGAGCGGCUCCAACCCGCGGCAGCUGGAGCGGCUGGCGGGGCCCCUUUAGCCAAAUAAAGGCCGCGGCGGCGGCGGAUCCA